UAUAAAUUUAAAACUUUUAUUAAUAAUCUAUCAGAAUUCUAUGGUAUAAGCAAGAGUACUCGCCAUGACGCACCCAAGUACAGCCCAGUGGUAGACUGACCCGCAUUGGACGCGGAAACUUGUCCAAGAUUUUUCUAGCAGCCAUUGCAGGCAUACUAGACUGAAGCUGUAACUCCACUGCAUCUGUGUAUUUUGCAGUUUCCAGCUUUGUUUUCCGCUGUAUCCGCGUCGUUUACCUUCCGCUGAAUCCGCGCCUAAUCUGUCGGUUUAGUUUUAACUUUUGUCCGCUGUGUCAGAAUGGCGCUAAUGCAAGCGUCUGAGGAAAUUCUCGAUUACGAGGACGCCGACGAUGUGGUGGUGCCGAAUGGCAAACACGAUCACAAUCUUGAUGAUCAUGCGCUGGACUACAUGCAGGAGGAUUAUGUGGGCGAGGCCAGCGUGCAUACCGCGGAGUUUAAGGACCUUAUGUUGAAACCCGAGCUUCUGCGCGCUAUACAGGACGCUGGAUUUAAGCAUCCGUCAGAAGUGCAGGCGAAUUGCAUCCCGAAAGCCGUACUGGGAAUGGAUUUGGUGUGCCAGGCCAAGUCCGGAUUUGGCAAAACUGCGGUCUUCGUGAUUUCCACUCUGCAGGAACUGGAUCCAAGCGAUCCCAAUCAGCCGUCCGUUAUUGUCCUUUUGCCGACUCGCGAACUGGCCUUUCAGACGGCUGCUCAGUUCAAACGGUUCAAAAAGUACCUUCCAUCCAUAACGCUGUCGUUGUUUUUCGGUGGCAUCGCGUACGAAAAGGACAUCACGAACAUUCGCAACCGCCCGGAUCUGAACGUCAUUAUCGGCACUCCAGGUCGUUUAGCAGCGCUCGUCCGCGAUAAGAUUCUCAAGUUGGAUCACGUUAAGCACUUCAUCAUCGACGAGUGCGACAAGAUGUUGCACCAGGAAGACAUGCGCGCGCAGAUAAAGGUCAUCUUCGACGCGACUCCGGCGAAGAAGCAAGUGAUGCUAUUCAGCGCCACGUUAUCGAAGAAAAUUAUGCCGAUUUGUGAAGAGUUUGUGCAGGACCCAUACAGGCAUCUGGUGGAUGACUGCGCCAAGUUGACAUUGAAGCACAUUGUCCAGUAUUACGUGAAGAUCACCGAAGCAGGAAAACUGGAAUGGUUGAUUCAUAUUCUGGAUACCUUGGAGUAUAAUCAGAUCAUUAUUUUCGUGAACACGGUGGACCGGGCGCAGAUGCUGGGCACUCAUUUGUUUGAGAACAAUUACCCUUCCGUCAUGAUCCAUUCAGGAAUGGAGCAGAUAGAACGACUGGCACGAUAUCAGCAGUUCAAGUCGUUUUCAUCCCGAAUUAUGGUGGCUACCGAUUUAUUUGGUCGAGGUAUGGAUAUCGAGCGCGUGAACAUCGUGAUCAAUUACGACUGUCCGUUCAACAGCGAUCAGUAUCUGCAUCGGAUAGGCCGGGGAGGCCGUUUCAAUCGGAAAGGAUUGGCCGUCACGCUGGUAUCCGACGAAAAUGAUUGUAAGAACUUGUCCGCUGUUCAGGAUCGGUUCGAUAUUGACAUUGCUCCCAUACCGGAUGAGUUGGAUGAAACUUUGUGGGCUAAUUGAGACACUGCGGUCAGCGAGAUAACCAGGGUGAUUUUGCGGUGACGAUGUUCGACUUCUGUUACUUUCGGCUUACUCAAAGUUCUCGUUUCAAUGAUCUUCGUGAGACAGGACAGCGGAGUUCUCUUAGGAACUUCAGAAUUGGAAUUAUUUUGUUUCUGGCAUUCGAGAAAUACAUCGUUAUUACAUUGAUUUGAGCUGGUUACUGUGGCGCCAGUUGCGUUGCGCCUUUUCUUUUGUUCAGUGUUCAGUCGCAGAAACAUUACGCAAAUAAAGCAUCUUCACGG